UGUUUGCUUUGGGAACGUACCGUUUGCACUCUUAGUAAACCAAGUAGCGCGAUACGUAACAAUCUCUACGCUUAUUUACACUCGCUAAAAAAAAUCACCUCUGCCUAUCCAAUUCCUACAUGCCUACAUUGUCACGCUAUACACAACGAGCACACAGUCACUUUCCGACACCACGAUAGAUUCGUUGUCUCUAUUGUCUUGUUUACCCGUAUCAUUUAUUGCCGCUUGUCACACACACACACACACACACACACAUACACACAUACAUACAUAUACACACGCACAGAUGGAUUAUAGAGAUUUACUCAUGUCCAUGGAUAAUAAUAAUGCAUUGUUAAUAGAAGGAAUGGAUGAUAGUGAAUUAACGAUUGACCGAAAAGAUAACUCAAAUGCACCAUUAUCGAUAAACGUGAGCGGUAGGUCUGAUAACGAUGAUUUAUUUGAAAGUAUGGCUAGCACGUCUUCGGACCAGAAUACCAUCGCACAGAAGACAUGGGAACUGGCGAAUAACGUCGAGACCAUCAGCACAAUCGACGAGAUUUACAGAUACGACAGGAAAGAGCAGCAGGACAUAUUAACUGCCAAGCCAUGGGAGAAAGACCCACACUUUUUCAAAGACAUCAAGAUAUCCGCGCUAGCUUUACUGAAAAUGGUCAUGCACGCACGAUCGGGUGGAACACUGGAGGUGAUGGGCCUCCUGCUUGGUAAAGUAACAGCUAACACAAUGAUUGUCAUGGAUUCCUUCGCCUUGCCAGUCGAAGGGACUGAAACUCGAGUGAACGCUCAAGCUCAAGCCUACGAGUACAUGACAGCUUAUAUAGAAGCAGCUAAACAAGUCGGUAGACAAGAGAAUGCAAUCGGCUGGUACCACAGUCACCCAGGAUAUGGAUGCUGGUUGUCAGGUAUCGAUGUGUCAACUCAGAUGCUCAAUCAGAACUUCCAAGAACCGUUUGUCGCGAUCGUCAUCGAUCCCGUGAGAACCAUAUCCGCUGGCAAAGUUUGCCUAGGUGCAUUCAGGACUUACCCUAAGGGAUAUAAACCUGCGAAUGAGGAGCCGUCGGAGUACCAGACAAUACCCUUGAAUAAAAUCGAAGACUUCGGUGUUCAUUGCAAACAGUACUACUCCUUGGAGGUGUCCUACUUCAAGUCCUCGCUGGACAGACGACUUCUCGACUCAUUGUGGAAUAAGUACUGGGUGAACACCCUGAGCUCUUCUAGCUUGUUGACGAAUGCGGAUUACACUACUGGGCAAAUUUUUGAUCUAUCGGACAAGCUGGAGCAGUCGGAGGUCGCGUUAGGUAGAGGAUUUGUCCUCGGUGGCACAGAUCCCCAUGAUCGCAGCACGGUGGAAAAACUCAUCAAAGCCACCAGGGACAGUUGUAAGACCACCAUCGAGGUUAUUCACGGUUUAAUGGCGCAAAUAAUCAAGGACAGGCUGUUCAACCACGUCGGCGGCAACAUGAGCGACCCUCAACAGAAAUAAUGAGAUUGUACGUAAUGUGCGCGAUGACGGUAUCUCAGUUACUUGUGUACUUGCAAUUAAACCUAUGUAUCUUGUAAAACUGAUUUCUGGAACAGUUACUCCUUAGUUCGUAAGACGUUAAGUUCGAUCGAGCUGAUCGUUCGGCUUGACGGGAGAUCGUCGUGUGAAAUUUUUAAGAUCGAGAAAUAAAGGUGGAUAAAUUAUC